ACGAUGCUGAUAAUGGUGUUUUGAAAGAUGCCUUCCCAGCACAAUGCAGUCUUGACAGCACGCAAGAUGCCUUGGUGGUGCAGCUUGCAUUUUUCUUCCCCUUUUUUUUCUUUUUUUGGUAUGACGUCGCAGUUGCACAAGCCUCCUUCAAUUCAACUCGUGGUGAUAACGACAUCGCUGCCAAGACAGAAUACGAUCGCCGCUUUCCCAUCUUUGGGCACCAACCAAGAGCGUCUCUCACAACCCCUCAGGGGUUUGUUUUUGGGGUGGGUGGUGUGCCCCUCGGACCUGAGUCUUGAAUCUAGGGUAUCAUCUCCACAUGGGCAUUGCUCCAGAACUGACCUGGUUUGAAACAUCAAUAGAAAGGUGACAAUAUGAUGGAUGCCGUGAGACUAGACUCUGCUAGAACUACAACUGUUGACUUCCAUGGUUGAAUGAGACAGUUCCUAUUGUGUGUCUAGGUCUUGCCAAGAUGAAGGCGCCUAUUAGCCGCGAAUACAGACAAGCACUGCAAAUGGACAAGUUGGAUAAAAUUGGCAAGCCUUAACCACAGCCGAAUGAGACUCUCCAACGCCCGGGGUUUUACACGACCCAAAUUCCUCGACCAUCAGGAGUGCUUUGGUGGAUUCGCUGUCCACUUUUGGGCAAUGGACUGUGAAUCGCCGCUCAAAGACGCCCGUUCGCCCGCUGAGCCCUUCCACUCUUGCUGACCGCCGACGGUGAGAGAGAGGCACGCGAGCCAAUUGCAACGCUGGGUGCGCAGAAACUGGCCAAGAUUCCAAACACACUCCCUUUUCUGGAUGCUGACUGAUGCCGAUAAUCUUCUUCUAUCCCUCGCUCCUUCUUCUGAUAUCAAGACAACGACAUCCCGAAUCCUGAUUGCCGUCGGUCCACGUUUGUCGAUUGAUCAACAGCACAGACCCCCAACCACCCAACAAUAAUUCCCUGCCCAAGGGUUGUCUCCAUCAGACGAGGUCCCAAUAAACCAAUCUGCCAAGCAGGUCGGUGGCUGUAGCGAUCGUAACCUGAACAAGCCUGCUUUUUGAUAACGACAUCACCUCAUCAAUCUACUAACCAGUCGAUCCCCCAUCUUCUGCCGCGACUAUCGUCUUUUUCUUUCCCCUGCGAAGACCGACCUUCAGACUUUUCGACCUGGUUUUGCAAUUCCCGCCGGUGACCGGAGCCAAGCCCCGUCGUCAUCACUCUCGCCAACUCCGGGACCCCUAGACCUCAAAAGUCCCCCAAACCACAACCCUCCACCACCAGCAACAAACACCACUCUAGAUAAGCUUGGGACAAAACUCUCUGAAAGAGCCGGCCUCUUCUCCUUAACCGAAGUUGGACGAGAAAGAAGGUGUGACUGCCCACUCAAAGUCAACAUCAUUACUCUCCAGAUCCUUGGGAUCCGGAAACAGCACAAGAUACAGGACAAUGGGUCUGAAAUCACUACUGAACCUCCGAAAGAGGAACAGCUUGGAUGACCAACCCAAAGAACGAUACUCACCCCAGCCACAAACACGAGACGCAAGCUACGAAAGGACACUUCAAGGAGAGGAAGGGGUACCCAGUGAUGAACAGAUCAAGCGAGCAACGAGGCUACGGCGAUACUUUGCCUGGAGCGCAUCCUUUGGGUAUCUGGUGUCUUGGGUGUUCCUGAUACUGAUUCUCAUUGGCAACACAUCCGACAAGCCCGUGCUUCGCAAUGUUUACUUUUACAAGCUCAACUUGGCCGACAUCAUCCCGGAAUCGGUACCAAAUGCGCAGUUGAUCAACAGUAUUGCUCAAAGUAUAGGUCUGCAUGACUUUUACCAAGUUGGUCUGUGGAACUUUUGCGAGGGAUAUCAAUCUGAAGGGAUCACGUACUGCUCCGAGCCCGAAACGCUCUACUGGUUUAACCCGGUCAAGGUCAUCAUGAGCGAGCUUCUCUCGGGCGCCACCGUCGCCAUCCCCACCGCCAUCAUCACCAUCCUCUCGGUCCUGCGCAUCACCUCGCAGAUCAUGUUCGGCUUCUUCCUAACCGCCUGCGUUCUCAACUUCGUCCUCAUCUUCGUCUCGCCCAUCCUGCCCGUCAAGUCGCGGUGGUGGUCCCUCCCGCUCUCCCUUUUCUCGUUCGCCUCCAUGAUCCUGACCCUGGCCGCCUCGAUCAUCGGCACUGUCAUCAGCUACGCCUUCAAGUAUGCGGCCGAAGCGCAGUCAGACCUCAACAUUCACGCCGAUGUGGGCACGUACAUGUUUGUCUUUAUGUGGAUUGCCACGGGCUUCACCAUGUGGAGCUUCGCGGUACACAGCGGUAUGGGAUGCUGCUGUGCGAGCAAGCGGGAUCUGAAGAGCGGGAGGAGGCUGAUCAAGCCCGAUGGGCGGAUCAUCCACGCCGGUUAGAGCUCGGAGUGGUUGAGUUCACCCGCAGGGUCGGUUGAGAAGGGGAAGGAAAUGGAUGGUUUGGGUUUUUGAUCUUGACUUUUUACUUGCAUGGCGUUGGAGGAGAAUUUGAAAGGUCUGCUGCUCUUUUUACACGGACGGCAUCGUUUCUCAACACCGAUUCCGUCGAUUGGUUGAAAUACAACAAACAGGUCAGGUCCAGAUUCUUUAGCUGGCCGACCAUGAUGGCAUUUGCAUAGGAGUUCUUGGAUAUCCCCUAUAAACUCGCCCUUUCAGGAAAGAAGGGGGGCAUGACAUACAAAUACAACAUAGACUGACUGGGAAUGGUACCUACGACCUACGCAAAGAUACAUACAACACGAACUUGUAUGACACCGCGUGAAACACCACUCAAAGAAAGCAUUUUAGUCAAUAGACGUAUCGAGUAUUGUACACAUCACUACACUUCUACCUUUUUCUCUCUCACGAAUGGAAAACUCAACUCGCUGAUCAUUGUCCAUUUCGCUUCUUCGCGUAGUAUGGGCCAAGGACUUGAACCGGCCACAAAAAAAAACAAAAUGAACACCAAAUUACAAGUGACCGGGUAAGCCCUGUUGCCGAAAG